GGUCGAGAGCCACCUUCGAGCUCCUGACGCAACGCAGCGGAGCUCAUCAAAGAGGAGAGGCGAGCAUUCCUUGGUCAAACUUGAGCGUUUCCAGAUUCCGUGGCUUCGGACGCUUCGACGUGCGCUUCCCGCCCCACGACACAAUCAGCUAAGAACGAGUCACACGAGCUGCUGCGAAUUGCUCGCCACCUUUGCCGAGGGCUUGUCAUCAAAGCGCAUCCGUACUGCGAUACGCCAUUGCUCACAGCAUCAUCAAGGCGACCGACUCGAACAAGGCCGCAUAUACUUCUGUGCAGCUCUUAUCGACUCAAGGCCAUUCCCUCACUCCUAGGGAUAUGAGCGCAGCGUCCGCUGAGAUCGUUGAGCAUGGUCACGAUGGCGAGAAGAAGGAUGGGGAUGCUCUAACCUCAUCGGAAGUUCAGGCGCAACGCCAAGAAAGCUCCAACACGCAACGAGCGUCGGACCGGCAUCAACAAUCCUUCGCUGAUUCGCACAACGGAAAAGUCGAAGCACGUGCAGCAGUGCAAAAUGAAAACAAUGUGGACGCAACCGCAGCUGGCGAUAAUGCUGGAGGCUACGCAAAGCAUUUACAGGAUAACGAUGAGUCGGAAGUAUUCAGCAUCAUGCGGGAACGCCCGGCUAUAGUUCAAAGAGCUACAACAGAUCAGGCUUCGGGCCCGGUACAAGGCGCACAAGCCUCGAAGGAUGGCACAAAGGGCGUAGAGCCUGAUGUGGCACACAUUGGUGCACAAGAGGAAGCAGGCACCACGCUGAGAACAAGCGCGGCUUCGACAUCCGCAGAGCCAGCGGCUCUUUCUAAGCCAGAGAAUUUCGCUGGUGCCAGUUCCACACUGGUUGCACAAGCUGCCGAAGACGCUUUCCCUGCCGACGCUGCUGCAAAUGACCGACAGUCAACACCGGCUGCAUCAGCGAGCAUUUGCCAGCAGCAAGCACCUUCUACUGCUACACCGGCAUCCGGCGCAUCAAACGCGUCCUCAGGCCCACCGACACCCACCCUGGCACAUGCGACGGCAUCAGGAAUGGCGUCUGCGCCGCGGAAGUUCGCAUCGGCUAGCGUGACGAAAAAGUUCCUCGAAAAGGCCUCUCCUUCGCCCCUGACAACAACUGCUUCGCCGUCGGGGACGCUGACCCUGAGCCUCGGAUCCGGUAGUAAACUGGGAUCAGCAGGCUCAAGAAGCAAGCUCUCCUCGAGCAGCAAGGCGCCUUCUACAGCAGGAUGGGCCCCGAUAUCCUAUCCAGCAGGGACACCAAGUAUCAGCACGAGCGUCGCAGCGAGUUCCAAGCUCGUGUCUUCGCUCGCCUCUGGGCGUUCGGCUUCUCCUGGUGGCUUACGGCCCAGUUCCAGCUCCGGGAUUGCGCCCACUCUCGGGACCAAUGUGCGGUCCAGCAGCCCAGCCGGCACGUCUGUGGCUUCUUCUAAAGCGGCCCCAUGGACAAAAGGAACCUCGUCCCCCACUGGUGCGAACGGCAUACAUGGCCUCUCGUCACGCGAGGCGGAUCGUCUCAAGACGGUCUUCCCCACUGCUGCCGAAGCGGCGAGUGCGCAAAAGGAGGCAGAGAAGAAGGCUGCAGCCGCAGCGGCCGAAGCACUAGCGAAGCAGGAAGCGGCGCUGAAGGUGCUGGAAAGCUUCCGCGGCGGCAACCUGAAGAGCGGCGAUCACUGGGACGACCUAGAUGAUGACGAGUUCUUCGGCGAGGUGGUGGAGUUUGGCGAUGGCAAGCAGUACAAAAUCACUGCGCAGCCAACCGCAUCCGUUCAGCCUGGCGAGGCCGCCAAGGCAGCCAAGGCGACAGAAAAGGCGGAAGAGCAGGUGAUGCAACAGGAAGUGGAGGCGAACUUCUACAAUGGGCCUGUUUCCAAGGAGGAACGCUUCAGAGAUGUCGGGCACGAUCGCACCAUGCCUUCGGCCCGUCCGCCUCCAUGGGGUGGUAUCAAGCGCGGGUCUGUCUCCCGCGCGAGUGGAGAUGGUGAAGCUGCAGCGACAGCCUCCUUUGCACCGGUAGCACCAGUGCCACAGCAACAGCAGAAACAACUGUUUGACGCCAAGGCCGCAACGAAAAAGGAGAGGCGGAUCUCAGUGGGAGCUCCGAGCAUCUCCUUGCUGCAGCGAGACCGCGCCCCAAGCGAAUCAUUUGUCAGUAGCCCACCGAGUCGCAGCGACGAGCCUGCCGGUAUGUAUAACGCAGCGUCUGCGCAAGCGCAUGCACCUGUUGCUACAGUUGCUGCAGCGACUCGCGCAUGGGGGCCGCUAGCGCAAAGACAAGCAUCGCUCAACAAGGCUUCAGGAGUACCGGUGAAGGCAGUCGUCCCUCCGCCGACUGCUCAACCGCCAGCGGAGGCAAAAGUAGUAGAAGCGCCGUGCAAGCCCGCUGUCGCGCCACCUGCGUCGGAGCUGAAGACCGCCAAACACGGAAAUUUGAAUGGGCCGACAGCUGGCGCAGCUGUGCGCAUGUCGCCGAGGGCCACGUUGUCCUCCCUUCCGCCUGCAGCCGCCAGUGCUGCCGCGGUGAACCAUGCUCAGACUUCCUCUGCGCCAAGACCUCCGCCGUGGGGCGGUAUCAAGCGCAGCUUGGAAGGACAGAGCACUGCGCCCGAGCCUUCAUCGCAGGCACUGGCAGCAGCAGCACCUGCUGCUGCGCCCCCCGAGUCGGCGCUAGCGGCAGCAACUAUUAUCAAUCCAGAAGACCAGGCGAAAACAAUGCUAUCGGCAGUCGAGCGCGCUCGUAAGCGUCGCGAGGAUGAGGAGGCGCGGCGUCUGGAGGAGAAAGAACGUGCGAGGGCCAAAGCGGCGGCACUAGAGGCCAAGCUGAAGGAGGAAGCUGAAACGAAGGAGAGGGCGAAAGAGGAGGCUGAACAGAAACGCAAGGAGGCUUUGGAGGCACGUCGACAGGCUGCGGCGGAGGAGAAGGCAAAGAGGGCCGAAGCUGCUGCCGCUGAGAAGGCCGAGAAGGCGAGAGAGGAAGCAGCUGCAGCUGCAGCUGCUGCCACCAAGGCUUCGUUUGAACAAGCACCAGCCCGAAUCUUGUCUCCGAGCGACGCCAUUUCUUGGCGACGCAGUGGGCCAUCGCCAACAGCAGCUCCAGGCGAUGUGACGAUCGCCAAGCGUUGGUCUUCCACAACGGGUGGGCCAAUGCGCGAGUCUCAGCUCGCCGAGCAGCCGAGGAGAACCCUGCUGCAACGCACACUACAGCAGCCCAUUCAUGAGCAGCCAUUUGGUGCUUCGACACGUCCCGAGGUUCCGGACAGUGGUCGAUCGGACGCAAAGCGGCGACAGCAAGCGAAGGCGACCAUCCCGCGAGUGGAUGUACGUGCACCGAGCGAUGAUGUUGAUCGCUCAGACCUGCCAAUGCACCGAGUAGGCAGACGAUCGGUUACUCCUAUCCAGGCUGCACCACUAAAACCAGCGACGAUGCGUCCCUAUCUCCCGCCCGAGCCUCUGCUGACUCGAGCCGAGGUGCCGAUGGACGGCCCGCCGGCUUGGAAGCACUUUGCUGUCAAGGUAACUCAAGGCCUUAUGCGGGGACUGUUACAAGAAGCUGAAAGCCACACGCAGCGGUCUGCCGUGCUGCGGGCCAACACCUUGCGAUCGCAUCCGAUCUACGCACUUACUUGGGAUCCGCCUCUGAUGACCAUUUCUAUCCGGACGCUAUCCCGAGAUGACUAUUUCUUCCCGAAACGCUUCUACCGGGGUGUCGCGCAGUCGAGCGUCAACAUACCACGCCGCACGCUGUCAAGGGCCUUGAGGCAGAUCAAUGACCUGAGCGCUUUUCAAAGCGGGUACAGCCCCCUAACCCGUUCGCCAGUCGGUGUCAACGAGGAUCUCGACACGGCGAUCGCGACGCCGCCAUCGGAGCAACCUGAGGACUGGGGCCCACAGCGCAUCAAAGUCAGUCUUCCCAGGUCUCACCUGAAAGGCACGCGUGGUAUACCUCAGAUUCGUCUUCCUCGUGCGGGCGGAUCCGCAGCUUCGCAGGCGACCCAGCCUGCGCCAGCCACCCUCCCGUCUACCAGCUCAUCUCCCUUUCAGACGGCACUCAAUGCAGCCACAGGGCAAGCAGUCCUCGGAGCGAGCGACGUGCGACGCGCGCCUGGCUCCCGCAUCGACACAAUCUCUGCACCACGCAACGGAGUCGUGUCUCACUCUGCCGAUUUCAGUCAAACUGCCGGUGUUCUCGGCACCUCAUCCCUUAGUGUUGCAACAAGGACACGCGAAGAAGACAGCCCAACCAGCUACAUGGCACAUAUGGAACUCACUGACAUGGUGUAUUCGACGUCGGAUUCUUCUGCGCUCGGCGGUGCGAUCUCGUCCCUUCCAGAGCCUGCUGUGGCUUCGGGCCAGACCUCUGUUGGCUCAACGCUGCCUUUGCCCAAGUCAACGGCUUCACCUUGGGGUUUCCCGAUGCUGGAAGGUUCACAUAGUGCGCCCGACAGUGAUGCAGUCAAGAAAGUAUGGGCGCAGCCAAGCAGCGAUGGGAAGAAUGGCACUCAAAACAGCUUGAAGGGUAUCACAGACGCGUUUUUGCCUAGCAGUCUUGUUCAGGAUCUACGCAAUGAGGAAGCCCCUCCUCUGUCUGCCAGUUCCGUCGAUUCGCACCGAGCGUCCGAUACGCCGCUGGACGAUUUUGGCACAGCCGACUCGGUGUUUAACCCACACGCCAUGAAUCCGGCAUCCGAUGUGUCAGGUGCAAGAGAGCCAGCGCGCGGCUCUCCAGUCGUGCGGCAAAAUGGCUUCGCAGCCUCCUCUUCAUCCAUAUCCACGGCCUCGGGCCUGAAUGCGGAUGUGGGCGGCAAUGCGGAUGCUCGGAGCGUUGCGAAAGCCGGAGCGCCGGUAGCAGGUGCAAAUCGCUUCGCUGCUCCUGGCGUUGCUGGGUACGAGACUGCGUCGUUCGGCCCUGCCGACUAUCCAGAGGCUUACGCCAGCUAUGGAUAUUUCCCGUACAGUAUGACACCACAACAGAUGAAUGCGUUCGCGCUUCAGCAGCGACAAUACAACGCUGCUGCUCUACAAUUCGGCACAACUCUGACUGGCGCCUCGCCCUACGGCGGAAUGAGCCCCAUGGCUGUCAGCACAUACAAUGCUUUCCGGCCGCCUUCCGGUGCUGUCGGUAAGGGAUACUACAGUGCAGGAAUGUCCUCUGGCGCAUUUGGCACCAUGGGAGCAGGAAUGACAGCGACGGUCGGUUGGCCUGUGGAUUCGCACUCGCAGUCUCCGCACAUGGCGCAUGCUGCUGCUGCUGGCUCAAAUUACUCGUGCCUCUCAGCACUCAGCCUCUGGCAUUAGCAUGUCCGCCACUCAGAACCCUUCUGCGGCAGCAGAUGAGAGAGCGCGCACUGCAGGCCACCAGCAGGUGCAGUCUUUCGGCGUCGGCGGCUAUUAUGGCGAGUCAGUUUGGUAGAUGGCACGAUGAUGGCGAUGCAGCUGCUGGUGUACAUUAGGCUCUAUGCACUGGGAACUAAAUCGCUAUAA